UUUAUUUCUUUAAAAGAUCUAAAUUAAAUUCUCUUUCUCUGUCGGAGACAAAAAGCACUGUGUCUGUGUCUCUCUAGAGGUUGCAGAGAGAAACUCAGAAAAACUGAAUAGAGUUCGACGACCUUCUUCUUCUUCUUCGUCCUGUAGAUUCUCUAUUCUCUGCUUUGCAUUCCACUGCUUUUUCUCCCUUCUGCCUCAAAUAAUUUCCCUAGGAUUAGGCUGUUGAUAUUUUCCUAGAAUUAGAUUGCGAUGCGGGAAAAACCUGAUGAAAAUCAGCAGUUAGACCAUGGUUCUCAGAGCGUGUUGCAGUCGACUGUCUAUACCCACCCUUGGUGGCGUGGAGCUGGAACUGCAGCCUCCUUGGGUGAAAAUUCUCCCAAAUCUUCAAGUGAAAAGCAGAAUGGUUUGGUUGCAAAUGAAGCUACACAUGCUCAAGAUGGAAAUAACGGCCAAGAAAGCGAACAUCACAAGCAUAUGACAUCCUCAACAGCUUUUGCUAUGACUGAUCACCAUGAACCAAAUUCCCAAAUGGAGCUGGUUGGUCACACGAUUGUUCUGGCACCAUAUCAUUAUCCAGAUCCACAAUAUGGAGUUUUGAAUCCCUAUGGACCACAAGCCAUGUUACCUCACCAAGUGUAUGGAAUGCAUCAUGCUCGAAUGCCUUUGCCCCUUGAAAUGGAGGACGAGCCUGUUUAUGUGAAUGCAAAGCAGUAUCAUGGUAUUCUGAGACGAAGACAGUCGCGUGCUAAGCUUGAGCUUGAAAAGAAAGUGAUAAAAGUUAGAAAGCCAUAUCUACACGAAUCUAGGCACCAACAUGCAAUGAAAAGGGCUAGGGGUUGUGGGGGCCGUUUUCUUAAUACUAAGAAGCUGGAUAAUAACACUGCAAAUCCCACAUCAGAGAAAGGUAUGAAUUCUAGCACAAACCUUGCAACAGAGUCUGCCAGUUUAUCUGGCGCUGAACUCGUGCCUGCCAAUGGUACUGGAAAUGUGAAUUCCUUUGUUGUUCAGCAAGAAGGAAAAGGGUCAAUGGUCGAAAACAUACACAGAACACACACUUUCUCCAAUGUUGGCAGUAACGGUCAUGGUCUGUUAAUUAACAAUUCAUCUACUACUGAUACCGUCAAGGGGGAUUUUUUGGGUCAACAGAGGGACAAUAUGCAAAUGAAUGGGGCUCCCCGAGGGGCCCUUCCGGUUAAGUGAAAUUUGUCAACAUGGAGGGGGGCUCUUCAACAUUGCUCUGCGGAUAAAGCUGGAGAGUUUACCCUUUUUGACGUUGGGUUGAGGAAAUCAUCACUAGCGAGGUGGUUCGCAGGCAAUUCAUUCUUGGCUUUGCAAACUUUGUGGGUGUUCGGAUGAAGAUGAGGAAAUAACAAAGAAGCAAGAAAAUAUGUGAAUAUUAUGUUAUGUUCACAAUAUCUUCAGUUCCAUCGUCCCAUCUAUAAAGAGGGAAAAUUUAGCCACAGUUAUGUGUGUAUGAAGUAGGAAUUAUUGUGAACGUAGGAAGUUUGAAAACGUAUAAACAUUUGACUAUUCUGGAAGUGUGGAGAUGUCUUUGUUUUGUUGUGAUGCAAUCAGAGGGUUUCGACUUUCUGUAAUUUUAAUCAACAUGAAAACGUUGGUAGUCUUUGAA